AUGUAUGUCCCAGAGCAGUGGAAAGUUUUUUGCUUCUUUCUUGUAUUCGUGCUCACAAUCAUAACGAUCGGUAGAGCACUCUGUGGAGGAACUAUGGAAUCAAAAAAAUUUGGUCUGAUGCAGCGUCUCAGCUCAUGGUUCGAACAAUUGCCUUUGCGACGUCGUGGAUCUUCUCGUCGACUACAGAAUUGCGAUUCAGGAUUACAUCCACACAAGAGGCAAUCCAAAUCAGUAGCACCGCGACUUCAUUACAGUGUCAGUGCGGUACAAAGUAGUAAUUAUCGAGACCAUUCUGUUGAUGCUCUGUCGCAAUCUCUGAUUAUUAAUGACCAACUGCAUGCAAUAAUGCCGUCUUCUUGGAACAGGCAAGAAACGGUAACUCACUCGUGUCACGACAGUUCAAAGCUUGCCACAUCUUUCUUAAAGUCAUUCUCUACACCAGCUAGUUCUGGGCGAAAAAAUAUACGUACAAAUCCAUGGAUUUCACAUAGUCGCCCAUUGGUUCAGACUAUUGCUUACCACGGACCGAGAUCCAAUCAUAAACUGAUGCACACGUCCAUAGAUCGUACGGCAUCGUUUCGUAUCAAUAGUCUGGAUGAGAGCAUUUACAGUUCUGGUUAUGGCAGUCAAGAUAGCAGUCCGGAAUCGUCAGUGCAUUCGCCGGAUUGGCAACCAUCAAACACAACAGCAAAGCGUGGUCGACUGGAGGAUAAAGCGGUGGAAUGCAAUUCAAUUGAUGUGGAUGAAGCUUUGGGGCUAGAUUUGGAAAGCAAAUCGGAAGUAGAGGAUCUCAAAACAAUUAAUGCUGGAGAUCGGUUUUGUAAAGAUGAUGAACAUGUAUAUUAUGAACUAGAGGCCUUCAGUCCAUUAUCAUUGCUACUGGAUAGCGGAAUCUAUCCAUCGGAUUCAGAUAUUGCUAGCUCAUCAGAUGGAUCGUUAUAUUCUCAGUGUUUAUCACCAGUUUACACCCAACCACAUGACUAUUAUUGGCAUUAUGAGCGCGGAAAUUAUGAGGAGGACCAAGUGACCGAGUAUCCGAACGUGGCGUCCAGCUUCACAUAUAUUCCUUGUGCUAACUAUAAUCCAGCACCUGAAUUUCACCCCCCUCCUCCUCCACCACCACCACCACCUCUACAAAAAAGUGAUCUGGAACAAGCUGAGCUGGAUUUUCUAACUGAAUUAGAUGCACAGAUUGCUGAUUUGCAGUUGAAAAGUGUAAAGGUACGUCAACUUGUGGAUGAGGCCUAUGAACGCCGUGAUGCACGCGUUCGUCACGCGCGGUUACAUCAUGAGCUAGCCGAGUUGAGACGAAUGAAAUGGGUGCUGCACAAUCACUUCGAAUUACUGCUCUGA